AAAAAAAGAAAACCGAGGAGAUCGGAAUUGGCGCCCCUUUUUUCUUCUCUAAACCUCCGAACUCGAAAAGUACAAAGAUCUGCCCCAAUCGAAACCCCAAUUCAGUCCUUGCAUCGCCUACACAAGCUGUGAAAAUUGUAAGAGAGGAGUUUGAUAGUUUAUUGCUAACGCCAUGUCACUGCGUAGACGUACCUUGCUCAAGGUCAUCGUCCUCGGCGACAGUGGGGUUGGAAAGACAUCGUUGAUGAAUCAAUAUGUGCACAAGAAAUUUAGUCUGCAGUAUAAAGCUACCAUUGGUGCUGAUUUCGUCACUAAAGAACUCCAAAUUGAUGACAGAAUCGUCACUCUACAGAUAUGGGACACAGCUGGGCAAGAAAGAUUUCAGAGUCUUGGGGUAGCAUUUUACAGAGGUGCAGAUUGCUGUGUUCUUGUUUAUGAUGUCAAUGUGAUGAGGUCAUUUGAUACCCUCGACAAUUGGCAUGACGAAUUUCUUAAACAGGCAAACCCAGCUGAUCCCAAGACAUUUCCUUUUAUAUUGCUUGGAAACAAGAUUGACAUUGAUGGUGGGAAUAGUCGAGUGGUUUCUGAGAAGAAAGCAAAGGAGUGGUGUGCAUCAAAAGGAAACAUAGCUUACUUCGAGACAUCGGCAAAAGAGGAUUAUAAUGUUGAUGCUGCAUUCUUGUGUAUUGCCAAAACUGCUCUCGCCAAUGAGCACGAACAGGAUAUAUACUUUCAGGGCAUAGCUGAGGCGGUCUCAGAAACAGAGCAAAGGCCUGGUUGUGCUUGCUAAAUUGGAACACAUGAUGUGAUGGAUUCAUUGUUAACGCUUUUGGUUGCUUGAUUCUUCAUUUUUGCAGUCUAAAUGAUUCAUACCCAUUUUUUGUGCACUGCAUACUGACUUCUAGGGUUUGACAUAGCUGGUGUAUUGCCAGGUGAGAGGAGCAUUCCUGAUUAAUAAAGAUGUUUUAGGGUCUUAAGCUGUAGAGUCCCACGUUUGACUGCUGAUGCAGGCUGGAUGCUCAUAUGUGACGGAUUUUAUGGUCAAGAUUGACACGGAAAUAAUAGUUUCUUUCGCACUUGUAUUUUUUUUUUAAUUUAAUUAUGGGGAACCAUAAACCUUUGACCCAUAAGAGCAACUAGAAUGACUCAAUUUUAAGGGGGGCAUGGAACCCUUUUGUUGUUUCUUUUAAUGGGGAAUGGGAAUAAAAUAGCUCCAACGAUGGUAAUUUGUUGUCUCCAA